AUGCCGAUUGAGGCUCUCCCUCAGAAAACAAUCCGGGCGAUUGGCUCCACAUCUGUCAUUUCAGAUCCCUACUCUGUUGUCAAGGAACUUAUAGACAAUGCCCUGGAUGCUUCUACCACAUCUCUGCACAUUGAAAUUUCCCAAAACACUCUGGAUGUCAUACAGAUCAAGGACAAUGGCCACGGGAUCUCUCCAGAGGACCAGCAAUAUGUCUGCAAACGAGCUUUUACCAGCAAGAUCCAAACUUUAGAUGAUCUCAAAAAUGUCGGCGGGUCAUCAUUGGGAUUUCGCGGUGAAGCGCUUGCUAGUGUCGCGGAGCUGUCCGGAGCUCUGGCUGUCACUACUCGAGUUGAGUCCGAAGUCGCCGGGCGUUGUUUGAAGUACGGAAGAAACGGAGAGCUUACUGGAACACAACGGACCUCACAUCCUGUGGGAACAACUGUUCGUAUCACAGACUUCCUCAAACACAUCCCUGUCCGUAGGCAGACUGCCUUGAAGGGUGCUACGAAAAAUCUAUCCAGGAUCAAAAAGCUUGUCCAGGCUUAUUCUAUAGCUCAGCCAUCCAAGAGGUUCUCACUCAAAGUUCUGAAAGCGAAAAUCGAAAACAACAAUUGGACAUAUGCGCCAAAUGCCGACGCCUCGCUCUCGGAUGCAGCUUUGAAGGUAGCCGGCUCAGAAGUGUCUUCUUGUUGUGCCGUGAAGGGACUUUCCUCCCAAAGUACCGCUGGGAACCAAGGAGGAGCAUCAGAUCAGCAGGAGUAUGAAGUCAUUGCCUUUCUUCCCAAGACACAAUUUGAUACCUCCAAGAUCAACAACGCAGGCCAAUACAUCAGUGUGGAUGGCCGCCCUCUCUCUAGUAACAGGGGGAUUGGGCAUGAGAUCGUGAAAAUUUUCAAGCAAUAUGUCCGUGUCGCCGCGUCCAAAAGCGAAUCAUCCAAAUCGGUUAGCGAUCCUUUUCUCUGUUUGCAAAUUCGCUGUCCCCGAGGAACAUACGACGUCAACAUCGAGCCGGCGAAAGAUGACCUGCUCUUCGAAGACCGAGAUGUAGUUUUGGCCUUGGUAGACAACUUGUUCCGCGACCAGUACGGAGAAAUAGAUGGGACGGAGAGAAGAACUUCCAACCAAGGCAAAGAUGAUGCCUGCAAGUCUCACGAAAGGUCAGGAGGAUUUGAACUUUUGAUGGCUAGGAAACCAACUACCGAACUUCCCACUCAGCCUCGCGAUGCUGAGAACCCCUUCAGUGAAGCUAUCCCUUUCACCCCUGUCACACAGAAGGCCCUCCGCUCUGAGUACGACUUUUCGCCUACGGUCCCUUCUAGCAGCGAUAGCCACGACAAUCCUGACGAAUCGGCCACCGCCAGAACCAAGCGUUCCAGUUUCCUCAAUCCGUGGUCUAUCUCCAGAAUCAAUGCCUCAUUUCAAACCCCGCGACGAGGGAGCAAUUCUGCCAACCAAACAAGCCCCGUGAAUUUAUCCAGUGGUAGCCUAGAGGGGGCAAUCCGAAGGGAGAGUGAAUCGCGAGGCUUUCAGCAUACGCCCAAGUCAGACUCGACAAGGCCUCCUACUUCCCAACUUGCAUCUGGGUCUCCAGUGAGGCGCCGUCGGUACCAUCAGCAAGAACCGACCGAAUCCUCCCCUGAGACUAAUCUGAUUUCGAGCGCCCGACGCGCCGAGAGGGAACGUGAUCGAGAUCGGUAUGGGAAUGGAGCUCUAGACACUUGGUUCCAGAGAACUACUCAAGUUUCGCUGCGGCAAAACCCUGUUGAGCAGCAAAAUCCUGUUGAGGAAGGACCGACCCAAGAACCAGAUUCACCGCUUUCCUUCCUUGCCCAGCAACGAUUUGGUGUGCCCACGAAUACUUCGCCGAAAAUUGUGAACGUCGAUGCGCAGAGUGAUGGUUGUUCGGACGGCCCAUCUAAUAAUAGCAUGACUCCAGAAUCUGGUUGUCACGUCCCUUCGCUACACGCAGACCAUGGUGAUGCAGAGUCAAUCGAUAGUGGUCGAGGGUUUCCGGUUCUUGAAAGAUGGGCGGCUCGACUUCACGAAGGCGUCAGCCAGGAGGAACCAUCUGACCUGGAGAAAGCGCUUGACUUCGAAAGGCGGAAGAAAGAGGCCAUCCAGCACAGUCGUACGCGGUUCAAGACAAACGAUAAAGCAUACAGUUCGCAGUCUGCACCGGUGUCGCACUCGCCUCACCGCAGUCGAUAUCUUGCGGCGAAAGCCGCAUUAACUUCGUCACAGACUUCGGUCGCCGAGCCGGUCUCUGCGACAACUCUCUCCCCCCAUGAUCCACGAGCAUACCUUAUCCGGCAGGAAAGGGGAACUUCUACCGACGAGCCUUUAACGAACGAUGGAAAUGCCCGGAGACUACCCACCAAGCGGCUUCCCUUCGAACGUAUACCCGAUGGCUUCGACCUGCAUGAUCUCGGUGUGACCUGCUCGGUUGACCUGCCAUCCGGCUCGAACUCUUUCAAGUGGAAUAUGCCAGACGAUCUAUAUACCGAGAGCGACAACGAAACUACCGCAUUUUCUGCAUCUGAUCUUGAAACCUGCUUGCCGUUCUGGAAUGAACGGUUGAUGAUUCUCAUGAAGGAGCAAUACAAGAACAAGGAUGAAUCAGAGCCUUUGAGUAUCCAGAUUGAUCUUGCUGGCAUUAUUUCUCGAUAUGUGCAAAAAGCCCACAACAAUCACGGCUGA